AUAAACGUUGCCGAUAGAGAUGGUCGCAGAGCGGGGCCUAUUGGCCCAUGAGCUAGUGCGGGAUGGCAAUAUUGCGCAGUCCCGUGGUGAAAACUCGGAAAAUGCUGCCACGUCUUUUCUUCGCCACCUCGGCUAGAGUUGCAAACAAUAAGGAUUAAUCGAUUCAUCAUUGUCGCACUAUGCAGAAUCGAUAGAUUACUAUCCAGGUGAUUUGAACUAAUUUAAUGGUACGAUCAUAUUUUGAUGUUUUACCCUAAAACACCAUUGUUGGGAAAACCGCUUCUAGAAGCCGAUAUCCUUAAAGUGAAUUCGGAUGCACUUGCUCCGCUGCUGGAAUGGCUGUGCCUUACUCCCAAAGUCACCACGUACAGGGUGAAUACUCUUCGGUGUUCCGUUGACGCCUUUCGGAAAAAGAUAGAAGAAAAACUUGCCGCUCGCUACGGUGUAAAAUCUCCAAGGGUUUACUGCUUGCCAAACAUACCCGAGAUGUUGUGCAUUGAUCCGCUAGACUCACGGCUUACCAAAGCCCAUGCCGACUCCGAGCUUAAGGAGAUAAUGGUGGACAGUAGCUGCGGAGCUGCACUAUUGCGAGGUGCCCAUAUAUACGCCCCUGGUGUUCUAGCUAUGGAGUCUAGCACCGAGCGGGAGGAACUCGUCAAUGUCUACGCAGAUCUGGAUGGAAAAUGUAAGCGCGGGGCAGUCAAGCGGUACGAAAGCCCGCAUAAGGUGUUCCUGGGUACGGGCAAGGUGUUAAUGCAGCGGUAUCAGCUGUUCAACAACGCGGACAAGCCCGCCACUGGAGUGGCCGUGGAAAUGCAGUCCACCGUCAGCGGAGUGCCCUCGCUGGGGGAUCUAAGCAGCGAAGACGGCCUGUUGCAGAACCUGCCUUCUAUUGUGUGCGUCCGCGUCCUAGAUCCGCAGCCCGGCGAGCGCAUUCUGGACAUGUGUGCUGCUCCGGGUAACAAAACGAGCCACAUAGCUGAGUUGAUAGGCGAUGGGGGAUCUGUUGUGGCCCUAGACAAUUCGGCAAGUCGCGUCCGCAGCAUGCUGCUCAAACUGAAACACUACAAGAGCAUUACGGCGCAUGUUUUUGACUCCACUAAGGCAUUGGCACCGGAAGCUCCAUCUGCACCCUUUGGAGAAUUCACUGGGCCUCCGUUUCCAUGUGCAAGCUUUGACCGAAUCUUGCUCGACGCGCCCUGCAGUGGCCUUGGCAACCGGCCACAGUUGUCCUGCAGCAUUAAACAGGCCAAGGUCUUGUCGUCAUAUCCCAAUAUUCAGCGCCGGCUAUUCGAACAGGCAGUGCAGCUUCUUCGUCCUGGCGGCAUCCUCGUGUAUAGCACAUGCACCGUUACAGAGGAUGAGUGCGAAUGCAUUGUAGCCUGGGCACUGAAAAAAUUUCCCGAGUUGCACCUAACAGAUGCCACUCCCCGCUGGGGCGGUUCCGGACUUCCGCUUCCCGGUUUUGCGAUAUGUAAGUCUCGUCUGUUGCAGCGCUUCGGUCCGACCGGAGCAAAUGCGGAUACGGUGGGCUUUUUUAUUGCAAAGUUUCAUAAAAAGUUAUAAAUAAAUUAAACUUUACUGAAA